ACAGUCAUGUUAUUGUUUACAGUCGGACAGUGACACAGCACGAGCUGUCAGACCCUGGUAACUUUGGACCUUUACUACGACAUUUAUAUUUUAUACUUUAUUCAUUACUUUUUUCUGGAAAGUAGUCUGUAGCUUGUUUUUUUUAUAGCCGUAACAGUUCCACGAUAAACUUUUUUUUAAUUAAAGUUUGUUUGCUACCUACCGGUAAAUUAGCCAGCAAGCUAACUCCCAGUGGGUGUGAGUCAGCUAACUUUGAACUAGGUUAGCGGCAGUUGUCAUUUUAAAGUAACCUGUUUUUGCCGUCAUGGACCAAACCGACUCCUACCCAGUGUUACUGUACAUCUACGACAUGUCCAAAGGCAUGGCCCGCCAGCUGAGUCCUGUCAUGCUAGGGAGACAGCUCGAUGGGAUAUGGCACACUGCUAUUGUCAUCCAUGGAAAGGAGUUCUUCUAUAUGGGAGAAGGCAUCAGCAAUUGUCCACCUAGUGGAACCCCCUUGGGUGACCCUGACUCCAUAGUGGACCUGGGCUCCACUGAGGUGAAUGCAGAGCUCUUCAUGGAGUACCUGAUUUCACUGGCAGAGUCCACAUACAGAGGUGACAAGUACAACUUGUUUGAGCACAACUGCAACACUUUCAGCAACGAGGUGGCUCAGUUCCUCACGGGCAAAAAGAUCCCAUCGUACAUUACAGACCUUCCAUCUGACAUACUGUCCACGCCUUUUGGCCAGGCUCUCCGUCCCUUACUGGAUUCCAUCGUCAUAAAUCCCGGAGGCACCAACAUAACUGGACAGCGAUAGAUUUUAUUUAAGAGUUUGGGUAAGAGUGGGACACUUGCCAUCAGCCACCAGCCAGACCCUGAUCACAUCUCCGCCUGUGGUUGACACUUUGAUCUUUGCUUUAAGUCGCUUUUCCAGUUAACCAGACAUCUUUUGGACUGUCCUCUCUGUUCAGUUUCUGCAUAUUCUACACAUCUGAGGUUUUUAAGAUUUGCCAGCAACUGGGGCCAACAAGGAGAUUUCUACUCUGGGUGCGAUAAAUCUGGUGCUGCUACGAGUUUGUGUGUGUUUAUAAAGUGAGAGUACCUCGCCUGGUUGAACUAAAUCAUUAUAUAUAUCCUCCAGAUUUGUUUUUUAAAUUGUUAUUUUAAAAGCUGAAAUCCUAAUUACCUGCAUCGGUGCUAUUAAGAUGCUUUUAAAUAUACAUCUCCCUCCUAUACUAAGGUGCUUCAUUAUGACAGUCUAUUGUGAAGUGUGUUACAAUUAAGAACCAGUAUAGAAAAUUGAUUGACCCGUACAGAAUCAGAUUUGAGAAGAGGACAAUAAUGGUAACUUUUAGCUUCCUUAAAAUGUUAACGGAACUUGAUAUAUUUCCUUACCAGCACUGUAUCAGCAAAGCCUGACUAAUUCUAUCACUCCUUUGCCUCUUCAUGCUCAAACACAUAACUUGUCUUUCACCCUGUAUGCCACCAUAUCAGCUGAGAGGGAGAAUGGAGAUUAAUCCAUCUCAUAAGUGUCCCCGUCAUCGCCUCACCUCCUUGUGGUCAUUGUCACAUCAUACAUUUUUGAUUACUGUGCGCAUCUCGGCUUCUGAGUCAAGUGCCUUUCUUCAUCAUCAGGGAUGCUGUUCGUUACAAUUUAACAGAAUAUACAGUAUGUGCGUAAUAUAUAUACCAGUAUAUAAUAUAUAUUUUGGCAAAGCUAUGCUUCAUUCUGUAUUUUAAUGAGUGUUAACGCAAUCCUCGAAAUGUGUCACUUAAAUAACUGUUUUGUUUUUUUUUCAAACUUAAUCUGUAUCAGUAUCAAAAUACACAGUAAUACCUGUUCUCUGGAUAAUACUUAACAUGUCAUAUUCUGUUAUGAUUUCCUUCCUGUGGUCAUCAUUAUGUCAGAGCUGCACUCCAAGAGCAAGUAAGAAAGUGAAAGUUAAAAUGAAGUAAACCGCUCUCGCCUGUCUUUGUAUUUUGUAUAUUCAGAAAAUACAGUUUGACUGAAUAUAUUGAGUUGUCUUUAGUGUACAUUUGUGUAACUUCAGAGGUGGUUGCUUCAUUCAGGAACAGCUAAUGACGCAGAGCAUUUUUGAAAUACAGGACCAAAUCACAUGUACAUCUUUCAAUUGCUUUACUUGCCAGACGGUUCAAUUUAUAAGGACAGAUUGUUACAUAUCCAGGUAUUGUUCCCGAUGGCAAUGGAUACUGAAUUUUUGCGUAGUUUGUAUUUACAUGCAUGAUAAUGUACAGCAGGUAUUAAUGCAAACAGCCACUUACCUGCAUUACUGUAAGGCCAUGAAUAACUCCUUAAAGAGAAACAAGUAUGAAUGAUGCCAGCAGUGUCUUUAUUCUCAGUUUAUUCUCAUGUCCUUCCUGAAAAGUUUCCUUUAAAUUAUCAAUUGUUAUUUUGAAUAUAUUUAUUAUUGGCAUUGUUAGUAUCACACCUAUUUGAUCAUGCCUAAAGAUUGUCUGCAGGUUGUUAAAAAGUAUUAAAUUGUCCCAAAUGCAAUUCUACAUACAUGCACAAGGCCUCUAAAAUCACUUAUUCUCAAAAACUGGACUGUGUAAGUUUUUAAAUUUUAUUAAAAUAUUCAACCUGAA